AUGUCACUGAAUUUGUGUCGGAUAUGUCUUGAAAGUAGAGCUACUUUGCCUCUAUUUGAUAGUGUUACCGAAAAAAACGAUUUACUUACAAAACUAGAAUAUUGUGUUAAGGAAAGUAUAAAUGAUGUAGAUGGACAUCCACGCCACAUAUGUUCAGCAUGUAAUGAAGUUCUACAUGAUUUGUAUAAAUUCAUUAAAAAAUUUCAAGAAUCAUGUGUUGUACUUCAGAAUAACUCUAUAGUAAAAUUAGAAAGAUUGGACUUUAGUGAUGAUGAUUACAGUGGAAAGAUUGAAGUUGAAAUAAAACAAGAAAACCGUUUAGAACAAAGUAGUGAUGAUGAAUUACUUAGUGCUUUUAAAAAUGUGGUUGAAAAGAAAACCAAAGUGGAAAAUAAAACAACUGUAGCUAAAACAAAAAGACAGAAGAAAUCACCUUUAAUAAGUACAAAUAAUAUAGCAUCUUCAAUUUUAGAAGGUGAAUAUAUGUGGAUUGGAGAAACAUGGUGUAUUAAACCAAGGAACCUCUCAAUGCCUGUAAAAAAAGAAAAUGCUAAAUUGCAAGCAGUUGUUAAAAAAAAGAGAGUUCAAAUAAAAUUACCUAAAGUAGUAAAAGAAAAUACACCUAAGUUAUGUGAUCUGUGUGGCAUGACAUUUAAAAAUCAAGACAGUUUAGCUAUACAUAAGCGGAAGGUGCACUUUCAAUCGCCAGUAAAAUGUACAGAGUGCCCGCGGGUGUUAUGCUCCAACUAUUAUUUUCAGAGACAUAUGAAAAGAUGUCAUUCAAGUAACAAAAACUUUAUAUGCUCCACUUGUGGGGCAACUUUUGCAUUUGUGGGAGAGUUGAAACGGCAUAUUAAGAAUGUCCAUAACAAACAUCUGAUAGUAAAGAAAGAGUUUCGUUGCAACCUAUGUGAUAAAGUAUUUAAGUGUAAUAAAUCAGUUGUUGUUCAUACAAGAUCAGCUCACACAGGUUAUAGACCUGCGCAGUGCACUGUGUGUGAUAGUAGUUUUUACCAUGAAGAUUACCUAAGGGAGCAUAUGCGCCUACACACAGGUGAAACUCCAUUUAAAUGCCCAAUUUGUAAUCGAGGAUAUGCUCAGAGAGGAAAUAUGAAGAGCCACCUCAGAAUACAUAGACUAUCAGAAGUAGAUGCCAGUGUUCUUAGUAAAAUGAAACCUAAUUAUGUGAGACUUUUAAAACAAUAA